AUGGUGCGGAUUGAAGAAGUACAGGACGAGGCUGUCAAGCAAAGGCAAAAUGGAUCUACUGCUCCAUUUGAUGAUGACAAGGAUUGGGAAGCGACGGAUGGCGAGUCUGACGACGAUGUUUCCGACGACGAGGUGACUGAGCGUGGCGUUGUGCUUCGUGACGAGACCCUUUGGGACCGUAUUUACGCUUUGAAGGACAUCAUUUCGCCGUCCACCCGCGCUUUUCUGGGCAAGACGUGGCAUUCUACUGUUGCCUACUCUACCAUGGGCGGCUGGGUCGCCGGCAAACUGAUUUGGGUCGGCGUUACCUCUGCGCUUCUUGUGGGUCUUCCGUUUGCCCUUGCGGUCGAGGACGAAGGCCGUGUUUUUGCGCAAGAAAAAGAGCUUAUGGGCCAGCAAUCUGGACAACCUGCUAUUACUGAGCAGCAAGGAGAUGCAUUGGCGCAGGGUGCAGUGAGCCCCGGCGGCACUGUGAACCAAAGUCUGCGCCCGCCCGGCUUUUAA